AUGUUUAAGAAAUCGGCUGAAGCAAAGUCACUGCAACGGCUAUCUGGAGCAGACAGGAAGAAGCUGAGAAGAACAAUGAAGGAGCGUUUCCCUCAGGCUUCUGAUACUGAUGUAGACAUUAUCUUCCCUGCCAAGGUAAAGAUACAGUUAUGAGUUAUGUGUCGUUCAGCCUUUGGUAUUGUAGCUUGGGAAAGAUUUAAUCGCUGGAUUAUGGUGAAACUUAUUGACUUUGAUGGGGGAUCAAAUGGCUGUUCAUGUACCGUAUUUCUGUUCAAUGUCCGAGUUGCGUCUGGUAUUUUAAAUAAAAUAUUAGUAUUGAUCUAUUGAGAUUUCAUUGUUUAACUCACGAAGCCAUGUACUGAUGUACCAAUGGUUGAUUUAAAUAUGUUGUCAACGAGUAUGCAAAAUGGAAAAUGGAGGUCACCAUUCGUCAAGUGCAUAACCAAUACUUAUGCUAUUCAAAUCAAAAUGAGAUGAUUUUUUUUUGACAGAGAAUUUUCCUGUAUAUUCUGUGAUUGUUCUCAUGUUCCGUGAUCAUCUUGUCAAGCUCGAUGGUAUCCAUUUUUCUGCUGAAUGGCGGUCAACAUCCAGUUCAUUUUGAUUCGUUUCUCUGCAAUCUUCUUAUAUAUAUUCAGACUCGUGAUGGAAAUUGGAUAAAAUCUCGUUGUUGAGAUGUGGUCCAUGAAAAAUCAAAUAUGUCCCCUGAAGACAAUCUUCUCAAGAUAAUUUCUUGCGAAUGGGUUUGGCGCCAGCAAAUCUUUCUCUCAUGAGAAAUUGGAGAAAAAAUUCUCAUGAAAGAAAGACGAGGGAGGAUUUUUAGUGAAUCAAAAGGGAACUGAUGGAUGCCUUCAUUUCCCUCCUUUUAAUUUGGCCUCGUAUUUGGUCCGUUAGUUAAUUUAUGGUUCGCUUUUUUUAUGCUAUGGAAGGAGAGGAAAGAUAAUAAUGGAAGAAUUAAUGCGCUGAUAAGUUCUGCUGUCAUUUUUAAAUAUAGCGCAAGAUAUUACUCUGGCUUAUUAGGCCAAUGUUUUCUACUACGGUGGGUUGUAGAUGAUUUUAUGUAUGGCUGUAGCCAUCUGAAUGACAACCAUUGCUGAAGGUAUAGGUUUGAUGUUCGUAACAGUUCUAAAUAUUACACAACAAACCAGCUCACAGUUACUUGUCAAUGAAUUGAUGACUGAGGGUUUGGAUGUUGGAAAUUGUUUUGUGGGAUAAUCUUGAAAGUUAUUUUCUGAGAAGAUGAGAAGAGGAAAAUUCUGUUUGUAGAGAAGCGACCAGAGGGAGGGAACUUCUUUUGGCUUUUCUGUGGGGGGUAGGUUGGGGGCCGGGGGGCGGGAUGAGGCCAUUUUCAUGCGGGAAAUGGCUGAUCUUCUAAUCAGCAUGCUUUUCAGUUAUUUUCCAGAUCCUCUUGCCUUCCAUCUGAGGUCGCCAAAUUUAUUCCUCCAGUAAAUUGUUAAAAAAAAAUAACUUGUGUAUAAAUUUUCUCAUCCCCACAAAGUAGCAUUUGGCCAAAAUUUUGUCAGAUCAAAUGCUCCUUCCUUUAGAGGUAGGAAUCGACUGAAAAUCUGUCGUUAAUUCCUUCCUUUGAGCCAAGUUUAUCUUUCUCUAAGCUUCUUAUAUGCUUCAUCUCGUCGUGUCUAUUUUCUAUGUUUUUAUCAGUUCCUUCCUUUACUGGGCUCCCCAUAUUCCUUUAAUGGGCAGGCUUAUUUCCAUUUAUGAAUGAAGCUCUGAUUAAUUUCCUCUUGAGUGAUACCCCUAUUAAUUUCCUUUCGUGGAUUGUAAUUUCUUCCCUCGAAUGAGUCUUUAUGAUUGACAGCUAAAGGAAGGAUUUCUUCAUUAACAUGCACAAUGCUGAGCCAUCCCUAGUAUAGUGUACUCUGACAAAUUUAAGAUGAACCCCUCGCCAUGACUCUCCAUGUGGUACGCAAUGAGAAAGGGAAGAUGCCCAAAUAGAAGGGUUAAGUAAUGAGGAGUUUUAGGUAUACAUCUUUUCCUAGAUUGCCUCUACAAUCCAGUCAACUGUGUGUGAAGAGAAUCACAUUUGACAGAGGAACAGUAUCAUAUCCCUCCAGGCUUUUUCUGCUGAUUCUAGUUACCCGAGAGACCGCUGAUGAUGAUCCAGCACCUCUAAUUUUCCACCAGGAACUAAAUAUUCCUUGUUCCUUGGAUGCAAAUGGAUACCGUUAGUCAGACUUGCUCGAUCAUGAGAAAUGCCGAUACUCACUAAAUUAAUUUGGAGUCUUUUUGACACUAUGUUCUUUCCCUGCUUUAUCAAAGCUACUUUAUGGGUAAACGCACCUUUAGAUUCUUCUACUCUGUAUUCCAAUAUUCGUUCUGUGGCCAAGGAUCUACUCCUUUGACUUCAUUGAACAUUCUGAUUGGAAUCUGGGGCCUGAUGCGUGGUUAUUACGAAAAUAACGUGGAACAAUUGCUGCUGUUGUCUAACUUUGUAAGAAUAGUGCUGCUAACUAAACAUUGAAACGAGCAUAAAGGAGAUAAUCAUCUCUUAAUGUUUUAUUAUCCAACUUCUGACUGAUAAAUACAAUGUACUUCAGAAAUUCUUCAUAGUCCACCAAUGAAGUGUCAGCUCAUCAUUAUGCACCAAUUAGAAAUACUUUCUGCAAAACCAGCAGUUCCAGCUUGAGGGCUCCAGACACGAAGAAACGAGGCAGCCAGAUUUUCAUUUUCAGACAUUUUGACUGUCGAUAUCAUUUCCCAAGCAUUAGCUGUUUCAAGUCAAUCUAGAAAUACGUAUUGCUGCUUGAACUUGAACUUGAUACAUUUCUCUUUGUGGUCCCUUUUCUUUUCUUGACCUCAUUUCUUGUCUUAGAAAGGUGACAUGACAUGUUAAUUUGGGAGUUUUAAUAUCUGCUUAUAGUAAUGUUGUCUACACAGAAAGUAAAUAUCUACCGUAAAUUCCCUUCUUGGAUCAACUGUUGUCAGCUGCAAAAAAUUAUUUUUUCUUAUAAAACAAUGGAAUUUGUUUUUAAAAUUAUUUGUUUAGUAGAGGCCUUCUUUUGCUCAUGAAUGUUUAAUAUUUAGUUCUUCUGCAUAUUUUCAAUUCCUUAUUCCUCGGUUUCAUCUGCGUUCUUUUGACAUUUAAUUCUACAUUUUCUCUUUAUUUAGGCAGAGGUAACAGUAAUGAAGUUUCCAAAUCGUGCCCAUGUUUAUGGUGUAGAAGGUGGCUUUCCCAUGCUGUUUGACAUUGAUGGACGAGGCUCUGAAAUUUUCCCUACAGGUUUCUCUUUAUAUGGCUUAUUUUGUCAUUUUUCUUAAGCUGUACAUUUCAUUAGUGCAAAACAUCUAGUGUGCAAGUGUCACAUUUUCGUAUGUAUUAUAUUUAGGAUUUCCUCCCUGACGAGACCUCAUGUAUUCCUCCAGUAUACUAAUUCGAUAGAGAAAGAACAGUCUCAUGGUCCGAAGGAUCGGGUUAUGUAGUCAGACUGGCUAGGCCUAAUCCAGAGAAGGAAUGGAUCGGCCAAAUUUGUUGAUCAGGCGGAAAUUAGACCUUCCUAACCCUGUCUGCUGAGCCAUUUGGGCCAGCCAGACCCUGUCAGAUUGACAGGGAAUCAAUCAGUCAAGCUUGGAUGGUAACUUCUGGCCAAUUUAACAAGAAUCACUGAUUCUAAGAAUUGAUUCUAAGAUAAUGAUUCAGCCCCCAGAUUAUCUGAUUUAGUCUGUCCUUGUGUCUUCCACUGGGAAAGCAUACAAGGGAGUCAGAACACUCCCCUGAACCAAUCAAACAACCUCAAACAAAAGAAAACGCUGAAUAGGCAUUAUGUGAAAACCUCAGUCCUCUGCACUGUAUGAAUAAAAGGUCAAAGAAUUCUAAGUUUCCCUUAGAAGAAGCUCUGAUUCAACUAUCUGUCCAGAAGUGUUGCCUUCCCUGUCCUGUACCUAACUGGGAUGUACGGUUGGUUAAUUCCUUGUGUUGAUCUCUCUCCUCUCUGUGAGUCGUUAAUUCCUAUAUUAUUUCCUUGGUGCCAUAUUUCUAAGAGGAGCCUCGGUGCCUCUUCUCCAGCAACCUACAUUGGUGCCUUCACGGGUUGAUUACUGUGCUCGGAAUUUGGAGGGGAGGGAGGUUAUUCAUUAUUUCGGAGUCACUUAUUGUAUGGAUCCCCUUUUGCCCACACGAAACCUAUCCCAGUUUGAAAUGUUUUCUCCGCAUCAUCAUAUGCAUUCAAUUGCGCAUGUAUUUUCAUUAAUCUUCUGUUGGAUAAUCAUCUGAUGUCAUUUCUCUCUGGAGUCUUUUUUUUCCCUUGCACUGUGGCCGUCACAGAGUUGGAAUUCUUACACUUGUUCAUACACUCUUUCAUGAAAAGGUCUUUGGCCUCACCUGAUUGCGAAGGUGCCCACUUCAUGGAAAAAUGAUUCUUUGUCGUCAGUUUUUAGUCUUUGGCGAUUUACAUACCACCCUUUCCCGGUGAACCAUGAUAGAACGCAACUCGAUCACUCCUCUUUGCUUUUAUUAUGGUAUCGUUUUACUUAUUCAUUUGUUAGGCAUGUUCUGUUGACUUGAAAAUUCGAAUAAAAAUCGAAGUCACGUCAAAUAAGGUUGGGACAGAUUAUCAUCAGCGGUCCGGCCUACACCUGCGGGCCUUUUAGGUUUCAUUCCUGACUCUCACAUGGGAAUUGAUGUCUCUCCCAUACGCCUCCUUUUGUGUUACUAUACACACUAAUUUGUGGUCUACAAGAAAGAUGGUGCUGACUGUCGCUCCAUUCAAGAGGGUUCUCUUGCACUUGGCAUCUUCCUUACUUCUGUUCCUUCUGAUGGGCAGUUGAUUAAUUUCGUUGCUGAUUUAAGGCUACAACUCACAAAUAAUUCUUUCCGAGUAAUUUAUUUUCGAAUGAAAAUUGGCGGUGCGAAUCAAUGGCGAAUUAAGUUAACAGGCAAUGGGAAUUCUGAAAUUGUGAGCACUCAAACAAUUCUUCCAGCUUGAAACAUACAGUUGUCCGUAAAACGUGUUGAAAACUCUCAGGAUUUGACUGGCACUGACUACGAUGAUGGUCUCUUUAGUUUAAUACACAUUUUAUCAGAUGGCGAUAUGGUAAUAUUUCUCAUUAUCGAGGCAUGAACUUCAUGGCAUCUCGAGUUUUGAGCUCACGUGAAAAGCUGCUACUCGAUGUCAUUCAUGAAGUUCAUAGCAGAUUAUUCAAUGUGUUUUUUGUAAUCAUUGAUUGUUUGCUUUAUUUUAGCAGAGUUUUUUGUUGUGAUCGAAAAUUGGCGUCAGAUGUAAGUGCAGUCCUACAUAGGGAACACAUUAGCAUUUUGGGUCCACAGAAUUGUUGGCUGUUUAUUAUUCCACAAGUUCUUAUCAUCGGGUAGACUGGUCGAUAUUUUGAAUGUUUUAUUGGCUUAGGGAUAUUUUUUUUUCUGACAGUUUAUGCACUCUGGAAGGUUCCCCAUCUCUUGCCUUCAUUCGAACUAAAAGGGGGUGAAGUGUCACGCUAUGUCCUUGGGGGCGCUGAUUUGAUGUUCCCUGGUAUUAGCAUACCCCCAGAGGGUCUUCCUUCCUUUCUCGAAGGACAGCCGUGGGCAGUGAAAGUUCCCGGCAAUCCAGCUCCAAUUGCUGUAAGCCAUUCUAACUAACUAAGAGUUUUUUCUUCUUUUUGGCGUUUUAUGUCCUUGUUAGCUAAGAGUACAGUUUUAAGGGAACAGGACAAGCGUUGCCUGUUUGAUACAAUAAUACUUUGUAGAUGGAAUAAAAGAUCUGGUGAAAAAAGCUUCAGGUUCAAAAUACAAACGUUAUCAGUCUGUAAAUUACCCGAAGAGUAGAGCAAGCUAACAGAACUAGAGGAAAAUAUGAAUGAUACCAGUGCUUUUAUCCUCUCAUCUAAGAUGCACAUUUACAAUCAACUUCGUACGACAUUGCUUCAAGGCUCCGAUUUUUCAAGGUCCUCCCUGGGCGCAGGCGUGCAUUCCAACCUUCUGCUUACAUGAUCCGUGCAGGCAAGCCCUUUGUUGAUAUAAAAGAAUGGGCUUGGUCGGCCGAGGCUAUGUGUAUUUGAAGUCGUAUCACGUUGGAUUUAUCCAGAUCAUCCCCAGAUGUUGACGUGGGUAUGACGAGAGGUCUGGUGGAAUUUACAGGUUGGAACCACUACAAUGAGCAGUGCGCAGGCUAUGAAAGCCGGUUUGCGUGGCAAGGCUUUACGAAUAACACACUAUUACCGCGAUUCAUUGUGGUAAGUGUAGCUUGCAGUGAGACAUGAAAGACUCUCUUGGUUUCGAUUCGUGCAGGGCGGUGACCCUUACGAUUUUGUGGCUUUCAAAUCCUACAGGGAGUCUGCCGAAGGGCACUACGUCCCCAAUGCUGGGUUUUUCGAGGAUAUAGUGGUUGAAGACCCUGCUUCGUCUUCCAUGUGUCAACCGUCCGAAGGGGCUCAGCAUGACGCUGUGAGGAGUGAGGAAGGUCCAGAGGGAGUCGAAGCUUCUGAGAUCCCUCCGGGAGAUGUUGAUUCGUCAGCGCAGCCCGCUUUGGGCGAUGGCGCCUCUGACGACGUGUCAUCUAACUUGAGCGGUUUGAACAUAUCCGACGGCACAUCUGCUGAGGUGGUGGCAAAUGAUGACAAGGACCAGCGCAAUUUGUCCAGCGCAGAAGUGGACGCCCUUUUGGAUAGAUGCCUUCUGCAGGCCUUGCAUACAUCUUUGAAAGACAAAGAUCUGCCAAUGCCCGGUAGCACAUUAUGGUACUUCUCCCUUGGCCACGUUGCUUAAUUGAUGAUCCCGUGAAUGCCUGAUUCCCAUGUCAUAGAGAGACGUAGCCUCAUAUUAGGCCAGCUUUCUAUCCUGCAUAUCCUAAUUGGUGAAGGCCUUUUAGUUCCCUCUAAUGCAGCAUUCGUUUGAGUAAUUUUGCUGAUGAUGGCAAACCCCAGACAGUUGAACGUUUUUUCCCUUGUGUAGAUGUUUGUCUAUUUUCACCUGCAUGCCAUCUGGUACUGGUUCUUGCCAUCUCUCUCUCUCUCUCUCUCUCUCUCUACAUGUGUACUAAUAAAAAUUUAUUAUACAGUGUUAUGUAAAUGUAUCGGAUUAUGGGUUUCCAGCUGAAGGAAGAGUUCGUGGUAUCUAAAUAACGCACAUCUCAGAUUCUGCGUUAUUCCCGUGUUACACAGGUCGGGUCACGUUCUGCCGUGCAGGCCCCCGGGCAGUACACUGGACAUCAAGAAGUCGUCCUACAAGAAACUCUCAAAGUGGCUGCAGUCCAAGUCAUCCGCCGGCCUGGUAUUUUUAUUACUCUCCCAUAUUUAUCCAGUUCGUUUUCUUUUUUGCGAUCCGGUUAUUUUAAUUAAUAAUAGUUCAGGUGAUCGCUAUGUAAAUGAUCAUAUACUUGUCUCGUAUUGUCAUAGUGGCCGUUUUUAAAGGCAAAAGAAUCUCUUUAACCUUUCAAGAGUUUCACCGUUUAGAUCUCAGCAAAGGAGGAUAAGCACAAGAAGGAGAUAAUCUUGCUCUCGGUCAACCGCGCCCAUAGCGAGUACCAGUCGUUCAGACCGGAGAAAAAACGGGAACCGGAGGCAGGGCGUCCGAACUCGGAUUCCUCGGCCGGGCAGGGUCCCCAUGGAGCCGCCGUGCAGCUCGACGUGGUGGAGGUCUACAAGCCAACAUCGCAUGUCAACCCCAUCUUCGCCGCCGUCGGCGUGGACACUGGAAGAUUCUAUACUGCCCCCGAGGCCACCGACGUCGUCUUCAGGUACACCGGGGCGGGAGGGGGAGAGAGGGUGCUGGUCUUGGCGGUGGAAGUGUUAUUGAAUGGUCGUGGGGUCUUUGUGCGUUGGGCAGGUACGUGGAGGAGGGGAGGCUGGCGAAGCCAAGCGACAAGUCGAUGGUGGUGCUGGACGCGACGCUGUGCGACGCGCUGUACAAGGGGGCAAUCAAGAAGGGGAGCAGCUACCCGACGGAGGUUCACAAGAGGGAGGUGGGGCCGGCGUUCCUGGGGCGGAUGCAGGUUCACCACCUGGUGACGAGGGGAGCCGAGUCUACCGUCCGCAAGGGGGCGGUGCGAGCUGUGCAGAUCAUGACGGAGUGGAGGCAGGGCAACAAGAAGGUCACGCGCCUCUCCGGCCUCGAGACCUUCCUCCUCGACGCCGACGCCCUCGCCGCCGAGCUCCAGAAGAAGUUCGCCUGCAGCACCACCGUCUCAGAGCUCCCAGGUACCCAAUGAUGUCUGUAGAUAAAUAGACAGAUAGAAGAGAGGAGGAACACGGCCACCCAGAAUCUCUCUCUCUCUCUCUCUCUAUCGGGUCUCUCGGUCUCUGACUCUGUGUCGACAAACAGGAAAGAAGGGGCAGAACGAGGUGCUGGUGCAGGGCGGGGUGAUCGAGGACCUCGCCAGGCACUUGGUGGACCACUACGGAAUUCCCAAGAGGUUCAUCGAGGUCCUCGACAAGACCAAGCGAUGA